UGCGAAACGUCUCCUCAGGUGGGGCGGCUGCUCGUUGGCAGACGGCAGGGGGACCGUUGCAUGUGGGGCCCGGAAGGAGCUCCGGAGGCGAUUAGUAGCCUCUUGCGAUACAACAUGGUAAAGGUUGAUUCUUAUCGGACUGAUGGAUGUGAAUGCCUGGACGGCUGAUUUUUGUCCCCACCGAGUACGCGGGGUUAUUCCCGGAGCCAACGGGGUUGUACAAGAGCGGCAAGACGGGAUGGGGUAUUCUGGGCAAGAAGACCUACGAGAAUCUAGCAGCCCUGUUGAAAUGGAGCGAGAAAGAAAAGAUGCAUCACUUAAGGCAGCAUGUGUCACUGAGCUUAGGAAGGGACAUUAUGGCCAUCGUCGCCGCCAGUGGAUCCUGGAAAGAGACCCAAAAUAAAAUGAUGAGGAAGUAUCUAAAGGCGGAGAAAAUGGCAACAGAAGCUGAACUGGCAGCCGUACAAAGGAAGAACUAUACGACUUACAACGACUUCUUGAGAGCGUUUACCCUAGUAGCUUUACGAAUUCCCGGGGUAACGGACCGGAUCAUGAGCAAGUAUUUCCUUAGACAGUUCUCCGAGUUCGACAAGAAUAAGAUUUUGUCGGCCUAUCAACAGACCAACAACUUUGAAUACACGAGGGAUGUAGACUUCAGUACGGUAACAGAUCUCGCGGAGAAGACGGUGGUAACCGAGACGUUAGCUUUGCUUAAGGAGGGGGAAGUUAUAGACUUGACCGGGAAAACGGGGGACAAGUUGAAGAAGGGGAUAGAAAGCUUGCAUGAGCGAGUGCAUGGGGUUGAUAAUAAGAUGGAGAGAGUGGAAAACGCGCUACUGGUAAUGCAGGCGCAGGUGUCCCGACCCGCCCUACCGCCCCAAGCAGCCAUAGUCCCAGCAGCAGUGGGAAAUCGGGGAUACGGCAGGAAGGAUCCGGCUAAUGAGCAAUGUCGAUAUUGCACGAUGAUCGGUCACUUUGUGCGGACCUGCCCAAGACUCAAUCACGAUAUAUUGAGACAGAGGUGUAGCAGAUCCCCUAAAGGUGAAAUCUUCAGACCCCAGGGGGAGCGAAUAAACUGGAAUUCGCCAGGUGGAAUGCGGCGUGCCGUCAUUGUCAUGAACAACCUGGAUAUAGCCGCCGUAGAAGCCGAGCCGGUAGCUGACAUUGUUUGGGAUCAGUCGAGGGGGCGUGGAACACAAGUCAAUUUCAUCCUAGAAGGUAAUGGACAAGACAGGGUGAACAUCACCACUCGGCGGGUCGGGGCAGAAAAGAAACUUAUCUGAGAUGCGGUGAUGGAAGAGGUUGCGGGAACCGAUGAAGAUCAAGAUGAACAAGACACCGGGGAGCCAGAGAAAGUCUAUUAAAAAAUUUUGAUGCAUUUUAAAAACCCUGCGAGACAAGGAAAUGUAUGUUAUGAAUGAAAUGAAUGUUUUUUC